GACAAUAUGGUUGCCGAGUAGUAACACUGUCGGAGAAGAAGACAGCAGGUGCCUGAGGUGCCGCUGCUACUUUACUGUGUGUUGGUUUCAUUUCGGACUAAAUUACAGUGUGACAAGGUCACAGAGUCCCAGCUGAUGCCUGGCUAAGCCUGAGCUGAGAGGAGAUAAACCAGUGAGCAAGAGGCCAACUCCAACCUGUUACUACAGUACUACACAAGCUGCUGAGAUGGCACAGUGGGGUGCCAUAUUCUCAAUAAUUGCUGCUCUCGGAGGAGCAGGGCUUCUGGCCUCUGUGCACAAGAUCGAUGAGGGACACACUGGAGUUUACUACAGGGGAGGGGCUCUCCUGACCACCACCAGCGGCCCUGGUUUCCAUCUUAUGCUUCCAUUCAUCACCACAUACAAGUCUGUCCAGACGACACUGCAGACAGAUGAGGUGAAGAAUGUACCAUGUGGCACAAGUGGAGGAGUGAUGAUUUACUUUGAUCGUAUAGAGGUUGUAAACUACCUUGUUCCGUCAGCAGUCUACGACAUAGUGAGGAACUUCACUGCAGACUACGACAAAGCUUUGAUAUUCAACAAGGUUCACCAUGAGCUCAACCAGUUCUGCAGUGUUCACUCACUACAGGAGGUCUACAUCGGCUUGUUUGACCAAAUCGAUGAAAACCUGAAGCUAACGUUACAAGAGGAUCUAACAGGCAUGGCACCUGGCCUCAUCAUACAGGCAGUCCGUGUCACAAAACCCAACAUUCCAGAGAGCAUUCGCAGGAACUACGAGCUCAUGGAGAGUGAGAAGACAAAGCUUCUGAUUUCACAACAGACACAGAAGGUCGUGGAGAAGGAGGCAGAGACAGAAAGGAUCAAAGCUGUGAUAGAGGCUGAAAAAGUGGCACAAGUGGCAGAGAUCAAGUUCGGACAGAAAGUCAUGGAGAAGGAAACAGAGAAAAAGAUCUCUCAAAUUGAAGAUGGCGCUUUCCUGGCGCGACAGAAAGCCAGAGCAGAUGCAGAAUUCUAUGCAGCUCAGAGAACUGCUGAGGCCAAUAAGCUGAAGUUAACACCAGAGUACCUGCAGCUCAUGAAGUACAAGGCCAUCGCAACCAACAGCAAAAUCUACUUUGGGAAUGACAUCCCCCAGAUGUUUGUGGACUCUGCAGGGAGCUCUAUCAAGGCCUCUGCAGCUAUGGACAUUGUGGGUGAGCAGAUCCUGGACCUGGAUUAGCAGGGAAGGUAGCGGGACCCACAGGAACACCCAGGGGUGGAGGACUAGCUGCUGGAGGGCACAGACCCACAGGCUGGCAGGUUCUCCCUCUGGCUCGGAAGAGCUCUGCUGACCAGGACCCAUAUUUCUCAAACAUUUCAGAAUCACUGCUAGAAAUCAAAGUUUGACUAGGUUGUAAACUUAUCCUACCUCAGAACAGGAUUCUUCUUCUCUGUUCUGAUAGCGAAUGAGCUCAUUUAGACUCAGAACUGUAAAUUGGGUGGAUGAGGAAGUAGAUAAAAUAGCAUCAACUGUGGGUGUAUAAUAAGCUCCUUACAUGCAAGUUAAUAUUAAAUUAUCAUUUAGUCAAAACAAUACUUGAGGCAAGGAAUUGGCCUUUCUGCUGCUCACCUCUCAUGGUUGGUGCAAGUCUAUGCAUUAGGUGCACCAUUGGUGAUCCAUUUAGACACAACAUCAAGGAUCACAAAUCCAUUAACACUUACAGUAUGUAUCGAUACUGUAUCAUCAGUUUAUGUGGAGUGUGUUCAUAUAGACCACGUGGAGCAGUGAUAUUUACAACAAACGUGUUCAGUGGUGGGUACAUUAUUGAAUAUGUAUGUUGUGCAAAAAGUUGUAAUCCUUAAGAUUUUGGUCCUGGUUGACUGGGCGACACCAGUGGUUACUGGUGGUAACAGCAAGUAUGGUUUGAUACCACAUGUCCCAGAAUUCUGUGGGCAGGAAAAACUUGCUGAGCAGCUAUUUUGUCAGAAAUACAACAAAGAAUCUGUUUACAGUGCAACCAAGCAAACUUGUGUUCUUUUAAUAAAGAAGCCAGUCAAUAAUUGUCCUUUUUCCAUCAUCGUCAUGAACGACCAUGUGUUGAAGGUAUGCAGCCGUUUUUUUGCAGCUCUUCAUCUAACUGCUUGCUGCAGCCGCUGCCUCUUGUUCAUUACUCCUUGUAAUAUUUAAAACUGAUCCACUGUCAUAAAAUGCCAAAAAUGAAUGUAGUUUUGUUUUGUAGACACAUUUUUGAUGAACGAUAGCGAUCAGCGCUAACCACUGUGACAAAUGCUUUGCAUUUCCUGUUACUGCUUCACAAUAAAGCUACCCCAGGCCAUCUGAACACUUUUAAUUUGAAGCAGCAGCAGUAGUAACUGUUUCAUUUUUCAUUAUCAAUAAAUUGUUAUAGCUCUGAUGCAGCAUUAGGAGAGUGAAAGUAAACAAUGAGGCUGAUUUCAAUGAAGUAAAAUGACAAAUUGUAACACUGGAUUACAUGUUGCAUUGUUUCCUGUGAAUCCCUUGUGUUAGUCAGUUAUUUGGAUCCAGUGCAGGAAUGGCAGAUCCUGCCACUAACAAUGCAAACUACUAUAUAAAGAUGUGAUUACAGACUAUAAAUAUAUUGAAUAUAUUGGUGAAAAAAAUCAAACCAUGAUUAGUAUCAAAAACAGGCUUUGAUUUCAUGAAAAUCUUAAGGAUUAGAACUUUAAUGGAGCUUUUCAGGUGCAAUAAAUUCAAUCAAAGUUCUGAGCAACCCAAAUUAUGUUUAUUUAAUCUGUGGUAAAUAUUUUUAAUACUAUUAACUAUUCCCUAAGCUUUCCACCGAAUCUCACUGCCAUCUUCAGCUAAUAAAGCUUGCUCAGGUGUUACCAUGAGACUUAAGUACAGGACCUCAGUCGCAUGAUAACAGGUGGUUGCAUAUAGGAUGGAGAUCAAAACCUGUGUUAUAUCACCUCAGCAAGUUCAGCUUGCUGAAGAAGGCUGUAGGAUGUGAUCGAGAGCUCUGUAAAUAGUUAAGCAAGUGGACCUUGUGUUUAGAAAAUUUCCCAUAGAUUCUGUGUGUAUCCCCAAUAUCGAGAGGGAAUCUCCAUGCUGAUGGCUAUUUUAACGGUAUCCCCCUUGUUAAUUAAACACAAAUACAACAACUCAUUUCUUUGAAGUGGACAAAGUUUUGUGAAUGAGGCAGUUGCAUCCCAGACAGCAUCUUUUAAUCUACUGAAGGAAAUAUCUUUGACAUUAUGUGUUUCCACAAGUCCACACAGGGCAGCUCUACUAGUCUAAAUCUUUGAGAGGGAAAAGUGACUCCACGUGAUAAAGGCAGAGUGAAUAAAAUAUUGAUUCUCCUCUGCCUGAAAGAAAGACCAAAAAUGUGUCACUCUGCAAAUGGUGGGCUGUGGUUCUAACUCUGAACUGCUUGGGAAAAACCAGGCCUUGACCAUAAAUGUCACUGUAGACAAAACACAGGGAUGAUGAAUGUACUGUGUGGUAGGUGCUGGCUGUCACAUGAAAUAUCCCUCUUCUUCUUUGUUUUGUUUUUGAAAAGUUUUAUUUUGAGCACAGGGGACCUAUUAAAAUUAAUUGAAUUUGUGCAAUUGUAUGACAUUGCACAAUGUUUUGCUGUGUACAGUUUGUUUGUAUGUAGCACUUUGUUUCUCACACUGUAUGUUUAGUGAAGCUCUGUUUGUUUCAACUGUUUGCAAAGCAGUGCCCAGGAAGGAUCAUGUUUGGACGUGACAUGAAUAGCCGCUUUUGUACUCCAGUUUUCAUUUCUGCAGAUAUAUGACAUCAGCUUUUACAGUUUUCAGCUGUUUUUUUUAUAACUUUGUGUAAUCAUUUCAUGUAUAUCUGUUUAGAAAUAUAUUGUAUUUACAAAAAUGUACAGUACACUGUAGUGAAUUACCUUUGAGCCUUUGGCAACAGUCCACAUGCCCUGUUGUAAUGGAUGCAUCAUUGUCCCAGAUGCAAAUAUCAUUCAGAGAGUUUGGGAAGCAGCUCUGCUCUGCCUCUAGUGCUGCAAUGACUCAAAUUAGGUCAUUUGUUUAUCAGGAUUAUAUGUUUGGUUCGUGUUUCUAUCCUAACAAGAAGGGACAGAGAGUAAGAGGUCUUAGCAAUUACAAUUUAAAGACUGAUUUAAACCAUAGAAAGCAGUUUUAAAGAGCACCUGAUCUCUACUGAGGGACUCAUUGUAGAAAUAUUACCAACAUCUAUGACAAAUAACCAACCUACAUUCUCUGUCUUCAGUGACUAAAGCAAUCCUUCAUUCAGUAGUUCAAUGUUUUGAUUGUUAAUCAGCGUUUGGUAAAUUCCUGUGUAAUGGCCAUGUAAAGUGUUUUCAAAAGAACUUCUGUUCAUUACAUCUUGACUCAUCCUGUAAAUCAUGAGGCUUAAGGCGAAGGUAGUACCAAAUGUACUGUGCGUCACGUUAAGGCAUUAAUUCAGGGAUCUUGGCAUGUUUUUAUUUGACACAGUGCCACAGUGAAAAGAAAACAGAUCUGUACCCCGAUACAACUGCCAUUUCUUGUCUUUCAUUCAAACUAUGAUAACAUUGUAAUUGGCAGUGUUCUCUGAUGUUGAUCCAAUUAGUUAUGAAAGAGAUUUAAAGUUGUCAUUUUAAUUAAUUCCAAAGAUUAAUUUAGAUUUACAAUGACUUGAAAGGCAAAUGUUUUUGCACUGAUUUCAAUUGUGAAUGUGCAAUCAGAAGUACUGUGGGUUGUUCUUUGAGAAAUCAAUGUCAUUAAGAUUUUGUAUUUACAAUGAAAAUCGAACAUGUAUAGGAUGUUUCUUCUUAAUUAAAGUGUGUUUU